UUUACUACACGACACGACGCGCAUUACCAGCUCAGCUCGGCUCAGGUCCUCCAACAACAAAACAAACUACUCUGGGCUGGGCUUCUCCCGAUCGAUAUCCCCCGUUCGUCCGUCCGCUCUCCUCCUUCCCAACCGGCAAUCCGCCGAUCCGUCCGACCUCUAGCUUGUACGCUGCCGCUGCCGCCAUGAGCUGGUGGUGGGCGGGCGCCAUAGGCGCAGUGAAGAAGCGGCAGGAAGAGAACGCGGCGGCCACCGAGCCGUCCUUCCAGAGCGUCGCCCUCGUCGUCGGCUCCACGGGCAUCGUCGGCACCUCCCUCCUCGACAUCCUCCCGCUCCAGGACACCCCGGGCGGGCCCUGGAAGGUCUACGCCGUCUCCCGCCGCCCGCUCCCUCCCUGGUCCCCGCCGGCCUCCCCCGCCGUCACCCACCUCCACCUCGACCUCGCCGACUCCGCCGCCGUUGCCGAGGUCCUCACGCCCCUCACCGACAUCACCCACGUCUUCUACGUCGCCUGGUCCGCCCACCCCACGGAGGCCCAGAACCGCGAGGUGAACUCCGCCAUGCUCCGCAACAUCCUCUCCGUCGUCGUCCCCAACUGCCCCGCUCUCGUCCACGUCUGCCUCCAGACCGGCCGCAAGCACUACAUCGGACCAUUCGAGGUCAUCGGCAAGAUCGCCGCCCCGGACCCGCCCUUCACCGAGGACAUGCUCCGCCUCGAUUGCCCCAACUUCUACUACGACCUGGAGGACGUCCUCUUCAACGAGGUCUCCCGCCGCGACGGCGCCGUCAGCUGGUCCGUGCACCGCCCCACCGUCGUCUUCGGAUUCUCUCCCCGAAGCGCCAUGAAUGUCGUCGGCAGCCUGUGCGUUUAUGCCGCCAUCUGCCGCAAGGAGGGCGCUGUGCUGCGAUGGCCUGGAUCCAGGGUCGCCUGGGAGGGAUUCAGUGACGCGUCCGAUGCGGAUCUCAUCGCUGAACACGAGAUCUGGGCCGCCGUUGAGCCAUUCGCCAAGAAUGAGGCAUUUAAUUGCAGCAACGGGGAUCUCUACAAGUGGAAACUUCUCUGGCCGAUGCUGGCAGACCAAUUCGGCGUCGAAUGGUCUGGCUACGAGGGAGAAGAGAGCAGCUUCAAGCUUGCAGAUGCCAUGUCGGGGAAGGAGGCAGUGUGGGCAGAGAUUGUCAAAGAGAAUGAUCUCAUGGACACCGAGCUUGAAGAGAUCACCAAUUGGUGGUUUGUUGAUGCCGUGUUCGGCGUCCGCAGCGAGCAUUUGGAUAGCAUGAACAAGAGCAAGGAACAUGGAUUCCUUGGCUUCCGGAACACGGUGAAUUCCUUCAACACAUGGAUAGAAAAGAUGAAGGUUUUCAAGAUUGUCCCAUGAUGCGUUCAAUUGUUUUUUAUAUUAUUGCACAUCUUGUUUUCUAUGCCAUUCAUCCAAAUUGCUCCCGAAUUUAGUUCCAUUAUAAACAUUGCUUUCAAGGUUACAUGUUGUAAAAUGCUGUAUUCUACAAAAAACUAGAACCGAAUAAAAUUAAUCAAGUGGAGAAUGAAUUUUAUGGAUCAUUAUUUGCUCAUUUA